AUGGGUAUCAAGGGCCUUACAACCUACAUGCAAAAGAAUUACAAAUGGAAAGAGAUAGGAAAAGAUUCUCCGCUAAGAGGACCGUUGCUGGUAGACGGCAUGAGCUGCUGUUACUCUCUCAAUGAUGGGAUAGACUGGACAUAUGGUGGCCAGUACAAAGAGUUUGAUCAGAAAUGUAGGGCUUUCUUGACCAACCUAAAAGAAUCCGGUAUAGAGCCUACUCUUGUAUUUGAUGGUGUGGAUUACAAAGGAGAGAAAGCCCCAGUCAUUCUAAAAAGGAGAAAGGAGACAGCAGAAUGCAUUCAAUCUCUGCUUUUAUAUGGUAGCUAUCCUAAACAUGGUCGUUCAUGUUUGCCGGUCUUUGCUAAAGUAGUCUUUAUGGAGGUAUUAAAAGAAUUUGGGAUUCCCUUUAUCGUUGCUGAUGGAGAUGCAGAUAAUUUGACUGUGUCCAUAGCAAACUUUUAUGGCUGCCCGGUUCUCUCUAGUGAUUCUGAUUAUUACAUUUUCGAUGUUAAAGGCGGUUACAUACCUUUUGAGUACUUCUACUGGGAGUCAAAACCAAUAAAUGCAAAAAUUUAUCACUUGAGCAAUUUCUCUGCAACCUUUUGUGCACAUGACCCUGAGAUUAUUUAUCUGAUACCAGCACUUAUUGGUAAUGAUUUUCUUAAGCCUCCAGACAUACCGGUAGGAGGAAAUGCUAUGAAUACUGAUGAAUUGGUUGCAUAUAUUGCUUCUUUGUCCUCUGUUGAGAAAUUUCUCCCUAGGUCCUGCAAGUCAGAGCAAGUGUUGUCUAUCAGAGAAAACUUUGAGAAGGCAAAAGAUAUGUACAAAGUUCAUAAAAUAACUAUGGAUGAUGCCAGAAAGAGCACAGAGUUAAAGACAGCCUGUGGGACACCACUACCCUUGUGGAUACUCGAGCAAUAUCGUGACGGAUGCUUCUCAACCUCAGUACUAGACCCAAUGAUUCUCAAAAAAAUUAUCCUACCAAUGAUCAUUGAUAAUCCUAAAAAAGAGUCCAGUAUGAAGAUUGGCAAGCCUCUAAGGAAAUACUUGUACGGCUUAUUACAACAAUAUCUAAAGGUACAAAAGGUUUUUAAAGAAGGAAUGCGUGUUGGUCAAUGUGAUAUACAUUUUAAGCCAGUCAAACCAGCCCAGUGUCUAAUCACAGAUUUAGACUCACUAAGAGAUGAAGAGAGACUUGAAUUGCUUUGUGGUAUAUUUGGAGUCCUGCCAGAUGAAUUGGGCCAGUUUGAAAAUAAAUGGAAGCUGGUUGCAUUGUCCUUGCAUUACUGGAGCAGGAAUGCUGAGGGCCUUACUCAACAACAGAUUGAUUCUCUUCUCUUUUGCUUUGUAGUUUGUUCCAGUGAGGAAGGAAGAGAUGUCAUAAGUGAAUCUAAUUUUCAAGGUAGAAGGUCAAGACAGUUUACUGAUGAGCAGCUUGACAACCUCCAUUCUUUCUCAAUGUGGCAAUGCGUGUAUUAUGAGGCCAUGAAAUUGAAUGACUUCCUCAAACGACCGCUUGAAUUCACUUCUCCUGCUCUUUUAUUUAACGGUAAACUAUGCUUAAGUUAUGCUUGCAUGAAGAAAGCAGAUUUUGAUGCCAUCAAAAAAGAGACACUGACUACAUUUCCGGAUAUGGCAAAACUUUAUGAGGAGCUGUUAUCAGUAUGCAGUGCUAUAGAGGCUUCUAAGGGUAGCUCAUCUCAUAAAGCAAGCAAGGAGAAGCAUAAGCAACCUGCAGCAGCAGCAAAGACUUACAGUACACCAGUUAGUACUGCAAAUCCUUUUGGGCUCCUUGCAGAUCUUGAUGAAGAAAACUAA